UCAAUGAAUAGAAGAAAUCCCAACAAAUCAAGAACCAACCAAAAUCGAAUUCUAUCACUCCUUUUAUUUUUUGUUUGCUGUUCCUGAGGCUUCGCUCUCUACUUCAGUUGUCUGUUCUAUAGCUCACCUUGACCCCUAUAAGAAGUCCUUUGCGCCAUCAUUGCUACUCUCCCUCAUUCAACCCCCUUCACUAAAUCAGUAGUACAUCUUGACACAGAUAGAGAGACAUAAAAGGAAACAGGAAAAGAAGAUUGGAGAGAGGAAGAAAAGAAAUGUAUACUGAGAGUGGGCUACUGUUCCCUUAUUACUUCCAGAGCUUUUCUCAGGAAGCUCCACACCUUCAAGAACUCUAUGUCUCUCACAGACCCAAUGCUUCAAUGGUUACUAUUUUCUCUUUCAAUAUUGGGGAUUUCCUUUUACAAUAUCUUCUUAUUCUUAGGUUUUAUUCUCUGAUCAAUAUCUUUAUUCUGGUGAUUUGAACUUCAAUUCUCUUGAUUUGAUGUGAUCUUUUGCUUCCUAUUUCUGUGAGCUUUAUUUCAGUUUGUUGUUUAUGGAUGAAAAUUUUGGGGAAAGAGAAAGAAAAGUUCAAGUCUUUAUUAGUUCUAAAUACCCACACAAAUUUCUUUAUGUAGGAUACAUAAAGAAGGCAGCUGAGUUUCACUUAUGUGGUAGAUCUGCAUGUUAAUGGCAGAUGGUUUUAUUUCUUUUAUUUUUUCUUUGUUUUUCUGCCAUGGAUCCACAUUUUUCACAGUAAAGAUAUGUAGUGACUACUGAUUAAAAGGUUGGGAAAAAGAAACGCUACAGUGAGGGGGCCCUUUCUUGUUGGCAUUGAUAGGGAAGCUUAUUAAGUGGGAAUAACAACCUCUUUCUUGCUAGCUUCUUUUAAUAUAAAAAAAAUAUCCUGCUGCAAUUUGACUGUUUGGUGGAUAAAGCUUCUGCUAACUUUAAUAACACAAGUAGCUAAAAUUUGUCCACUUCUCUUUUCCUUCACAUGUCAUGUUUGAUGAGUGUUAUUUGUUUGAAAUGACUAAGAGGCCGUUUGGUAACCUCAUUUUUCGGCUUAUCAGGCUUAUCAGCCAACUUUUUCACCAAACACGUAAUUUUCACUUUCGCGCGCUGGAUUGUGUAAUAAGCAGAAAAAGUAAGGUUGAAGUUACUUUUCUGGCUGUAUUGGCUGAAGUUACUGUAGAUGACCAUUUUAACUAUUUUUACAUAUAAGUUUUUCUUUAUUUUAUUAAUAAAAUAUAUUUUAAAAAUAAUUUUUACUCAAAUCAGCAGAAACAGCCAAAACAGCCACUUCAGCCAGAACUUCAUAAAUUUCAGAAGAAUCAGCCAAAACAGCCGAUUUUUGUGCUACCAAACGGGUUCUAAAGGUCUAUACUUGCUGAGUUUUUUUCAAGGAAAAUUUUGAUAACAUCCAUUUCAGCCUAAUGGGUAUGAAUCGAAGGCUACUUAUUCUUUUGAUCGGCAGAGUUAAGCUAAAAGAGGUUACCAAACCGACCCUAAAUAUAUGGGUUCCUUUAUCAGUAAUUAACAUGAUGUGACUUUUGAUAAAAAGGAAUCUAUUGAAUGCUAGACAAAGAAUUUUACAGAAUAAUUGGUGUAAUCUUUAAAAUUUUGAAUUAAAAUAAACUAAUCAUUUGGCAGUCAUACUUUUCUCAAAUGGUAACUACUUGCAAGAAUCUUUGUAUGCCUUCUAAUCUCUCUCCUUAUCUAGGGAUGGCCACAGUCUGUAUUUCCAGGGAAGCUAUUCAUGGGGCUCCCAUAAUGUUUCGAGAAUAAAAUUAGAAUACAAAUUCCAUUCAUUUGUUAUGUGGGUGUGUCUGUUUAUAUAGGGAGAUGAUCUGAGAAGUUCUCAGACGUGAAAUAUAACGUAUAGUAACAAAAUUUUUAUAGUAAAAAAACCAUAGGAUGUUAUACUUUGCUGUUAAAAGUUAUAUUUUUGUUACUAUAAGUUAUAAUUCACUAGUGAGAAAUAAAUAUUUAUUUCUCACACGGUCUUUUUUUAUAUAUGUAUAUAACUAUAUAUAUUCAUAGAUUUUUCUAGGAAACACAUUGAACUUGUAAUAUGCAUCUUUUGUUUUAUUUUAAAUCCAUGGUUAACACUUAUAUGGCGUCUUUUUUGUUAUUAUCAGCAUUUUCAACUUGUUUGCAAUUACUCUAAAACAAUCAUAAAAUGACACUGUCAAUAUUAGUUGUUGAUAUUAAAAUAAAAGAUGGAGAUUAGAAGUUCUCAUUUACAACCAUGUGAUUAUGAUAAGACAUCUUCAAUAUCAGAGUAUGACCUUGGAGAAGAAGGGGAUCUCUUCAAGGCGCCAGAACCAAUUAUUGAAGAAGAGCUGUUGGAUCUUGAUCCCAUGACAGCUGCUAUUUCAUUGAUUUCGUGUGCAGAUGAUGUCAUCUCCCCACAAGGCCUCGAGGUCUCAGAUAUUAUUGAAUCAUCAUUUGAGAACGGGCAGAUCCUCAGUGAGGUUUUCUAUGAGUGCAAGAAAGAUCUACUGGCCAAAGAUGGAAUAGAAAUUCUACCACUCUCUCAUGUUCUUGAUCCCACCACCACUGAGGCUGGUGAAAAGAUGACAUCAGAAGAGAACCUGGAUUCUCAUGGAUCUUUACUUCAGAAGAGUGCUAGUUCCGAGUCUCUAAACGCCUUGGUGGAUUGGGUACAAGAGACUACUCCACUCACUGGAAAAAUCUUUGAUUUUCCACGAAUGGAGUUUAGUGCUGUUUAUGGGAUGAGAAGAUCACUCAGUGAAGGAGACAUAAAGACUCUUGGUAACGGUAACGUAAACCUCAUCCACUCUCCGCUGGGACUAUGCAGUUCCAUUUCUGAAGCACGAAAGGAGAAGCUAUCGAGAUAUAGGAUCAAGAAGGCCAAGAGGAAUUUCGGCAGGAAAAUCAAGUAUGCAUGCAGGAAGGCAUUGGCAGACAAUCAACCAAGGAUCCGCGGAAGAUUUGCGAAAACCGAAGAAGCAGAUGCAUCCAAGGAGCACUGACUGACUGUUCAACACUCUACGGAAGAGAAAGACGGUACGCUGCGCUGAAGGAUCGAAUGGUUGUACUGAUUAGUUAUUCGCCAAGAAAAAAGGAAAAAUCUUGUGGAAGUAGUUGCUGGUUUGUUUGUUGUUUGAUCUGUUCUUAGCUGCAAUAAAGUCCCGGGUUGAUUAGUGAUCUGGGUACAGAUGCGAUGUAUAUAUUGUCCACCGCUGAAUAAGAAUUAUUUGUAUGCUCCUUAAGAAAUUUGCAAGUGUUCCAACAUUUUUCCCACAUGCACAAGCCAUAGAGGAGCUUGGCGUGUGACGGACUCUUGAUAACGUUGAAUAAGUUGUACAAAAUCUUCUAUUCCCCUUUCUACAUCCCAAUGUCUCUCUUCC